GAGCCCUAUGAAGAGGCUAUAGAUGAAGCCAGUUGCCAGAAGUUAAUGUUAAGAUUUAAGAAGCGUGUUUUCAGGAAACAAGAAAAGAUAACCAAUUUGACUGACUUAUCAGAACGGUUCAUUGACUCCGGAUUAGACUCACAAGAGAUUAAGAAGCAGAUCUUGGCAACUAAUCAAGAAGAUCGCCAAAUUCUUGUUAAUCAAAAGGGCAUUCAGUCAAACUUGUAUCUGGUUUCCCACGACAACACAGAUGUUUCUUUUGCUACAAAUGACAUGUUGCAAGAAAUUACAGAUCAUAUUAAGUUAAAUAAAAAUGAAGAUACUACAAUAAUAUCAGUUGAUACAACUCUUGGUGAUCAAGUAAUUACUGUUCUUGCAAAUGACCUGGAAUGUCUACAACCAGUUGUAAAAGGGGAAUUUGAAGAAGUUCUGAAGAACUUAACCAUCAAGGUGGAUACGCCAGACAUCAACCUUAAAUUAUUUGCAGAAGUCGCCCAACCAGUAUUGACGCAGAUGUGGUGGAAAGGACCACGCCUAAAAAGGCAAUUAGAUGAUAAUAUAUCGUAUAGCGGAAGAAUUCAAGCUGUAUCGCCAGAUUUGGAAGGAAAGCGUCGUCAGUUCCGUGAACUUGACGUCAUUUAUAUUUGGUUACAGAACCUCGCCAGCCGUAAGAAACAUGACCAAGAGAUUCAAGAUGAAGUGGAACUCAGGGAGAACCCCUUCAACUUCUUUGCCUCAUGUUUGCGACUGGAAGUCCCCGCAAACAGAUUGAGAUUUCUCAGAGGAGAG